UCGAGCCGGUGCGGACGCGGACCAAAGUGUUCAAUGCAGCUGCCUAGGGAUUGAAAAUAAGGCGCAAGGUCUUUCUCUCGCUGGAAUUGAACUGCAGAUGGGAGAGCAGGUGUGCAAUAUCAGCUUGAAAUUUCACCUGGGUCGAACCUCGAACCCUUCUGGCAACACCAACCCUGUAUACUAGCACGCGCAGCACACUCGAAAAAACUCAUUCUGAUGGGCCGUGAAAUCUGAUGGAGCCUCUGCUCAACUCAAAGCAGCAGCAAUGCUCUUUUUGUGGCAUUUUUCAACAAGAAAAGAACUUUUAUUUCAAAGUCGGACUCAAAGACGAGGUCCUAAGGAUACCAGUCACCAUUCAAAAACCUGAAUUUAUAGACAUGUUGCGCACCGCGGCCGAAGUUGACAACAGCGAAAUUCUCAAAGUAUACUCAAACCCCGGCCACCUAGUCAAUAUUUCACCAGAUCUGCCCGCCAAUUCACCAGAUUCGCCAUAUGAGCUGCACGUGAUUGCGACAAAUUGCAAUGAUAUUAUUCGCAGGGAAUUGUGCGUCGAUUUUGACGUGCUCAACAAUAGAAUCAGUGAGCUGGAACAAAUGCUGAAUCCGGACAACGUGGACGUCUCGAAGGCCAUUACCAGUCUGCGUAAACAAGUGGAAACUUUCCGACUCAAGCUGGAAAACUUCAAAGACCAGCAACUGCUUGGUUCCCAAGAGCCUCACUUGACAAAGAAUGAAAAGCACAACUGGAUUACGCUUAAACAAACAAAUCAACAUAGAUUUGAACGUCGCGGUGCAGAGGAGAGGCUUAUUGUCUGGCACAAAUUUGUCAAAAUUUGUGAAAUAUCAGUUUCGGAAGACGUUCAAUACAGACUUCGUCAAGUGAAUUUUAAUAUUUACGAGUGGGAGGACGAAGAGUUGCUUAUGCUUCUGCAGCAAAUGUACUUGGACCUUGGUCUGAUGUCCACUUUCGCUUUGGACCUCAGCACCUUGAGAGCCUUCCUUUUCCAAGUAUAUGAGAACUAUAAUGAUGUGCCCUUCCACAACUUCCGACACUCAUUCUGCGUAGCACAAAUGAUGUAUGCAUUAAUAUGGGCGGCAGGCCUUCAGAAGAGAAUGGGUGACCUGGAGACGCUAAUGCUCAUCACCUCGUGCAUCUGCCACGACUUGGACCACCCUGGCUACAACAACAUUUACCAGAUCAACGCACGUACAGAGCUUGCCAUUAGAUAUAAUGAUAUCUCACCAUUAGAAAAUCACCAUUGCUCAAUCGCAUUUCAAAUCCUGUCACGGCCGGAGUGCAAUAUUUUCAAACGCUUCACGUUUGAGCUUUUCCGCCAGGUGCGCGAGGGCAUUAUUCGAUGCAUUCUGGCCACCGAUAUGGCGCGCCACAACGAGAUACUUGAGCAAUUCCGAGAAAUAACACCCGUGUUUGACUUCAGCAACACUGCACACACUAAUUUGCUUUCGAUGGUUCUUAUAAAGGUGGCUGAUAUCUCUAAUGAAGCGCGUCCAAUGGAAGUCGCAGAACCCUGGUUAGACAGGCUCUUGCAGGAAUUUUUCACGCAGAGUGACAAAGAGAAACUUGAAGGACUGCCAGUCACGCCUUUUAUGGACAGGGAUAAAGUGACCAAGCCAUCGUCGCAGUGCAGCUUCAUUGGGCUGGUCCUGCUGCCACUUUUUGAAGCAUUGGCUAAUCUCCUGCCUGAGCUACACGAUAUGAUAAUUAAGCCGGUUAAUAUUGCCUUGGAUUACUACCGGCGGCUGAAUGAGGCGGCACGCGAGAGACGCAGCUUGGAUCUUCAGUUGUCCGCGGACAACAGUCCACUGACGGAUCAGGCCUCGUCUCCAAGCGAAACCAAAAGGAGGUCCGUCUCGGUGGACAGCAAUUCGAGACAGGGUCGAGUCAGCAUUCAUUCUAAUAGCGAGCUACUGCGUCAGAUCAGCAUGAUAGAGGAGGCUGACGCCGCUGCUGAGGUCACAGAGGUUGACAUUUGUGAAAAGACGCUGAAAUUCAAAAUCUCCACAGAGCACACCGUAACUUCUCUUAGGAAGGGAAGCAUGGGGACCUCUGUCAAAGUGUCUCCCUCGGAGGAUGAACCAAAGUGCAGAAAGCAAUCGUUUUUCUCAAAGCUGCGCUUCUUUCGUGACAAAUGUCCGGAGAAAGACGUCAAGAAACCUGGCACACGACGAAAGUCUUCAUCAUCCUCAGAAUUAAACAAGCAGUUCAGCUCGGACGGUGCCAGAGGAGGUUCAACGACCCCACAGGAAGGCGUUUUGUCAUCUGGCAGUCUAGACUGCGUGCUGGCGACAGAAAAAUCGCACAACAAAAAGCAGCGACGUUUCCAAAAACUCAAGACCUCCGACGGUAGUCGUAGCCCAAUCAAAAGUAAAGUAGCCUCUCUGGUAGGUAGUUUUCGAAAAAACCGGCGCUCUGAUAAUUUGAAGACUAAUUAGAUUCUUAGGUGUGUCAUUAUGUAAUCUGUUUUUUGUUAAUUAUAUACAGUAUGUUAGUGUGUCUAUUUUGUACUUGUUAACAAACCGCCGAAAACUAUGUAUAUAUAGUUAAAAAAAUUUGACCAAAAUUUCUUUAACUGCGUUGAUGUUGCCACAGUUUAAAUGUCUAAAUGAGACCAAAGACACUCGUGUCUCUUAAUUCUUCUGGUGUAAAUAAUACUGCCAGUGAGAGAAAAAUCAUAUGGUCCAAUUUAAUCACAGUGUCAUCUUCCUCUGUAAUGUGAUCCACUUAAACGUUUUGAAACCUGUGAAUUGAAAAAAGGCAAAAAUUUUGUUUUCAAGUAGAAAUAAUAGUAGAUGCCAAAAAUUUCACUCUCAGGUUCCUCUUAGCGCAGUCCAAUGACAACUAUGAACCAACGUAUGAGCUUCCAAUAUAACAAUCCCUAACUAAAAAUUAAAAUUUGCAUUAAUGCA